UUAAUUAGCUUGCUAAAAACGAAUUUCGAGAGUGAAAUGAACAAAGUAGUCUGGUCUCAAAAUAUUACUAAACAAAGUAGUCUGGGAAAUGAAUUUUCGACGUCCUACCAACUUCAUGUAACUUUCUAGAUCAGUAUAACUCUCGGUUCGCACGGAACAACUUCUAAUUUUUAACUCCUAUAAAACGAAAAUCAUUUAAUAUUUUUUGUAAGCAAUAUUUUUUCUAAAUUUUAUAAUGGAUAAGUAUACCUCAACUUUGUUGCCUUAUGUUUUGGAAAUGCUAAGUCGCCAACCACAGCUCCGUGUCACCACGGACUUUAUCGAGGCGAAUAUCAGAGAAUCUGUGAUGAACGAGCAUGUGUCGCCUUUUGGAACGCUCAAGCACGCCGUCGACUUCGCCAUCGAAGUUGGAAAUAACCUUGGAAUACUGAACAUUAUUAACGAGGAAGUGCAGAUUCCUUUGACUUUUCGGCGACGAAUCACCAGUGAAGGGUCCGUGCCCCCCCAGGCAAGCAUCACGCCGGCUCAGGCCCGUAAAUUGAUCAAGCAGCGGAUGCCAAAGCCACGGGCUACCGGUACUCGUAAACCGAAAAAGAAUACUUCACACUACCCCGUUGGCUUGAAGGGACCUAGGGGUGUGCCGAAGGCUAACCCAAAGCGACGCAGCUAAACCAAGUGCUCCCAAUUCACGUACAAAUCUGGAGCUCGUUAUUGAAAUAAUGUUAUUGGACUACUUAGCCAGAGCAUGGGCAAUCGAACAAAACCAAAAAAUAAAACACACACGAGCAGGCCUGUCCUGCUCAGAGUCGCAA